CGUGACCGAGUCGCCCUGCGUCUCUCCCGAACCCGAGCCUGCCCCGCGUCUCUCCCGCCGCCGCCGCCGCCGCCGCCGUCGCCGUCGCGUCCUCCACUCCCGGCGCCAAUCGCUGUCCGUCGUCUGCCGCCCGCCAGUCGCCACGCCCGAAGCUGGACACCGCCGUUCGCCCCCCGUCGCGCUUGCCCUAGUGCCUCGCCGAGCACUCCGACGAGGUAGGGUGGGCAAGAAAGAGAACUUCCAAGACGAGGACGAGGAGGCCAAGGAUUGGACGGCAUCCACCAUUCUCCCCACAGCAGAUCCUCUUCAUCUAGGCACACCAGUUUGACGGUCCCUGGGCCAAGGCUUUCGUCAGUUGCAGACUACACCAGGACCUCUGACUGCAGCUGGAAAAUUGUCUGCCUGGAUAUUAAAUUGGUAACGGAGAAUUUUCCAUCGUCAGUACAGUGCGGGGGUGCUACCAUGUCUAACCUUGAAGACGAGGAUCACCUGCUGGGUGCCAGCAGCAAUGGAGGAUGCGAUGAGGUGUUGGUAGAGAAUGUCAAUAUCCAUCAACCGCAGGAGGUCACGGCAUCUGGUUCAACUCCUGGAGAUAUAGAAAUGCAACAUCUAGAGGUCACACUGUCCAGUGAGAAUUCUCAGGCUCAAGACAGUCCAGAGUUCAUGCGUUCCAUGGGUAGGAGGCUGAGGGCUAUAGAUUUACUACCCAGGUGUCCGAAUGGGCCGGUAGGUGAUAUUGAUAAGAAAAUGCUAGAAGCAGCCAUGUCAGGUGAUGUCCGGUUGUUGAGGAGCACUUGCAGCAGAAACUCUUGGAGUUUGUUUCAAACUACUCCACAAGGAAAUAAUUGUCUCCAUAUUGCUGCUAUGCGUGGGCAUCUCAUGUUCUUCACCUCUGCUUGGCAGCUCCAGAAGCCACUUGUUCUUGCUGUGAACAGUAAUGGGCAGACUGCAUUGAUGGUUGCUGUAAUUCAUGGGUUUCCUGAUAUUGUUACACAUACAGUUUCACUUUUGAGAGGUCAACAAGUUUUGGAAGAAGCUCUAUUGGUAGCCGAUGAUGCUGGAUACAAUGUGUUACAUCAUGCUAUAAGAUGUGGGUAUCAGGACCUAGCACUAAAGCUGAUUGGGGAAGCUCCCGAGUUGUCCAAAGCGAUAAGCAGAAUGGAUGAAUCACCAAUGUAUAUUGCCACACUCAAGAAUUACAAGGAAAUUUUUGAGCAGCUUAUCGUUAUUACAGACUCUGCUGACUGCGGUCAACAUGGCAACAAUGCCUUGCAUGCAGCUGUGAGAAAUGGAAAUGAAGACAUUGUGAAAACAAUCAUGGAGCAUCGCCCAUCGAUGGCAAAAGUUGAGGACAGUGUUGGGAUAUCUCCAGUGAGAUUGUCAGUGAUCACUUGUAGAACUGAGGUUCUUCGAGUAUUUCUGAAGACGGAUUUCUUGCUUGGGUAUGAAAUUAGCAAUGCAGGCCAACCUCUCCUUGUAUCAGCGGCUUCGCAUGGUGCAAUUGAUGUAGCUAAAGAGCUGCUCCUACAUUGCCCUGACGCUCCAUAUGAGAACAGUACCACUGGAGUGACCUGUCUUCACGAAGCUAUUGUUUCAGAGCACGAAGAGUUCUUAAACUUUAUUAUAUGUGCCCCGCAGCUGCGCGCUCUCAUCAACCUGCGUGACAAGGAGGGGAAGACAGCGCUUCAUCACGCUGUUCUCAAAUGCAGGCCUAAAUUGGUUGGAAGUAUAUUAUCCCACAAGGAUAUUGACAUUUCUAUACUUGAUGAGGAGGGUCACUCUGCCGCAUGGGAACUGAAGUAUGCGUACAGCGAGGCGAAAACACUCGAAUGGAAUGAGAUCUGCAUGCUUCUUUCAAAGGCUGAUCCUCGCGAUAGCUUCUCCAUCCAUUUUUUGCAAAAGGAAGCGAGGAUAAACGCAGUCAAUGCAUCUAGAUUGGAUUCAAAGUCAUUGAGCAAGACCUACACAAGUAAUACAGCGAUCAUUGCGACUCUUAUCGCCACUAUCACGUUUGCAGCCUUGUUCACGGUGCCCGGUGGCUAUAGCUCAGACCCGGGAAGCGCAGGUCAGCCGGUUUACUCCAGGAGUCAGAUCAUAUUCUUGAUAUCUGAUGCACUGGCGAUGUUCUCUUCUUUUUAGUAGCUUUUCUCUGUGUUCUUUAUCGUUGGGGCGACUACAGAUUCUUGGUGCAUUAUUUGGCUGUCACAAAGCUGCUAAUGUGGGUCUCGUAUGCGUUCACACUUGUAGCUUUCACUAUUGGGAUGUUCAUAUUGUUGGCGCCACAUCACUUGUGGUUGGCCAUUCUCAUUCUUUGCUGUGGAGCUCUUGUCCCGCUGGCGACAAAGAUUGUUGGUGAAUGGCCUGUUCUAAUGCUGAUGCUGAGAUCUCGGCUAGGUGGAGGCCCCAGCACCUACAGGGGUCAGCUCCUUGACAUUGUUUGAGCAGGGUGUGUUGUUUUUUGGUCCUGGAGACUGGAUGGAUGGAUGAUGCUAUUUGUAAAGUCAUGUUCUAAUGUAUUACAAAAUAUGUUUGGAUUAUGU